AUGGCCCCAAAUGUAUUUCACAUUGGGGUGAAUGAACAAGUAUCCAUAGCAGUGUUUGAUGCUGUAAAUCCUGUGAACGUAAAACUAUAUCUUCAGGAUUAUCCACACAGACAAAAGACCUUUUCGCAAGUACAAGGUCAAGUGAAACCAGGUAAAUCAUACUUUGCCAGUACAAGAGGGAAGAAGACACUGACAAGAGCCAGCACGGAGAGUGAUUGUUCUUCGAUCUGGCCUCCCGGGGCACUGAACGUACGCGUCUCAGUGGCGACUAAAAGCAUUUCUAAAAUGUUGAUAGUCCAGCUACGUAGUAAAUUUUAGAUUUAAAUUUUACAAGGCAGAGAUGCAUCAACCGAACUUCAGUUUCCUGCAAGAUCCGUGCCGCGCCGUGACGAUUAAAGUCGAUUUAUCUAUAUGGAUUCAAAGGGUGAUCGUUGCAUUUAGCCUGUGAGGAAGCUCUCCUGAGGUCUCCGGGGUGCUCUGGCGUCUGGCUACGUUGCAUUGAUUGCGAUGAUUUUGCCUGUACUAUUUAGGGCUGUUUAAUCCAGAUUAGUUGUUCUUGCAUAUCGGUCUCAGAGGAUGCUGCUGACAUCCUGAUUAAGGGGCUGUUUACAUGGAGUCGAAUGGAGAGAGAAAGAUCCUAGCACUAGGAAGAUCCUCGAAGGCGCAACAGCUUUUCGUUUGGAUUUGACAUGCAGAAAUUCGGUCUGUGCAGUUAACAGUAGAGAAGUAAUUGAAAAUUUAAAGAUUACCCACUGAAAAACCCGUCGCCGAAAAACAGAGAAAGUAAGACAGACAGACAGGCAGACAGACUAGACAGACAGACUUGACAGACAGACUUGACAGACAGACAGACAGACAGACAGACAGAAAAAUGAGGAAGAGAGCAAGUACAGGCACAGGGAUGGUUAAGGCAGUUCAAAGAAAGAAGAUUUUCGUAGAAGGUCUUAAUAGCACGGGAAGGAUAGGCAUGUACAUCGAAUGAUAGCUGAAGAAAUUAAAUUAGUAAAACUCCUCAUAUAAGAACUGGGUGAUUUACGAACCUACAGGCUUAAAUUUGGCAUUUAAAUACCCAAAAAUACGAGAAAGAGCCUCUUCGGCCUGGCAAAGAAAAACAGGUUCUUAUACAAAAAAACUCACUCCAAUUUUUAAGGUCAAAAUCUUGUAUAUGUUUUCUUUGAUUUACAUUUGUUUGGAUUUGCACGAGAAAUAUGUUUUCCAUAAACCUUUAUGUAUUAAUAGUACAAUAUUUCUACCAAUGGUUACACUACAACAACCUCUGAAAAAGUAUAAGAACCUAUUAAGAACUAAUCAUUACUAUCUAUUUUUUCGCAGAAUAACUAAAUUAACAUGGAUAAUUCAACUAAGCGAAUGAAAAAUUUGGGGUUAGGUGCACUUCAAUUUGCAAUCAAGUUCCUUAAGAGUUAAUCAAUACGUAGGUUGAACUAAAACAGUGUUUUUCUUCGAACGUAUAGCUCAUUAUUUAUUUAUUUAUUUGUAUAUUUUUUAUUUCCAGGUCAAGGUCACUUAUUUCUUUCAGUGAAGGUAAUAUACCGUAUCGUUAUCUCAUUAAAGAGCAUUUAAUUUCGCGAAAUGACAAGAAGAAGACAAAUUUGGCGCUUUGCCGGAAAUCAUAAGAAAAUUAUCCCGCAAAAUACACCAUUUUUAAACGAGAUGUACCCUUUUUGUAUACCUUCCAUUGAAUUACGGAACUUUUUUCACCUACUUUUAUUAAGAACACUGCAUUCUUUCUCCUGGCAAACCCUAACUGGCAAUCGGUCAUGCGGGGAGAACUCUUGUCCAACUAUAAAGUGUACCAUAUCUUAAUGACAGAUUUACCUAUCCCCAUAUAAAUUAUUAUUGUUGUCAAUAACGAACUCUUUCACUUGUGUCGCCAGGUGACCAAUUUUGACCAAUGAGGCGCGCGGAUUGUGAACGAAGAUUGUAUAUUAACAGAACUUACAAAAGCAAAGUCUAUAAUGUAUAGCUAGCAUUGUUUUCACUACUAUUAGCUCUAAACUCAGCAUGCUUCCCCCAUGUUUAGUUUUGAUGACCUGUAGUUCAUUGCACCUUGUAUAUUUAGGUAGAGCCCGAAAACCUGCCAGACAUCGCAUCUGUCGACAAACAAUACGUUUAUCUGGUAGCCAAGUCCGAUGACGCGCAUUAUCAGUUUCAUAAGGAAGCCAAGAUUCUUUUGAGCUACAGUGACGGAAUGGUGUUUAUACAGACGGACAAACCAAUCUACACUCCCAAACAAAAAGGUAACCGACACAGCUUAUUGCAAAAGCAAGUGUAGGCUUGAUAAGUAGGAAACUUAGACUGGAUUACAAAUUUUCACAAGCAUUUUCUAUCAAAUGCGCCUCCCUCAGCCCACAAAGUUUAUGGAGAAAAAAUUACUGAAUGCUAUGAUUAUCAGCCAUCGGCUAGUUUUUGUGUGGAGAAAUUUGAACGAGGGCACAAGAUACAUCUUAUUCGAUUCCGGUAUUACCCUGGGUGCCAGAGGCUUUUCAUGCGUGGUUUCCGGUUUCGGUCAGUCUUUUAAAAAAGUGAAGUGCCCGAAAAGCGAAAAGUUUUUCCUCGCGGCGUCGCCGCUCGUGUCUUCGGCCUUCGGUCGAACACGUGUCGGCCUGCGGCCGACGAAACGAAGCUCCCCGUCGCACGCGAGAAAAAUCCUCUGGUACCCAGGGUAUUCAGGUGUGUUAUCACUUAGAAAUAAAACUAGCUAAAUUCUUGCCCUGACGUGGUUGCAUACUUAGCCUCACCGGCGGGUCUUUAUUUCUUUCCGUUUUUUACUUACUAAGGUUUCUGGGUCUCAAAGAAGACGCCUGUGGUUCUCGAUUUUCGAUGCUUUUCAGUAGGGGUAGGGAAGGGGAAGAGAGGGGAAGAGAGUGGAGGGGGUCCACAACCAGGCGGAAAUCCGGCACAUGUUAAAUCCACAUUUCAACAACUUAUUUUGUACUUUUUGCUAACUUUUUCUUGCUUUGUAGUUGAAAUUCGUGUCAUCCCUCUUGAGUUCGACAUGAAACCGUCACGAAAGCAGGUAAAACUAUGAUUGAUCACAUGAAUGAUAUCAUGACGUUUGGGAGGAAGGGGCUCGGCAAAACAGCACUCUUGGAUAUUAUUUUGUUUUGUGUUAUUAGCUUCUCCCUUGAAGUGUUCUCUUAUAACCACGUUUUCUUUGAUGUCCUAUGUUCGCUUUAUUUACUACAUACGUUACCCAGACUAUCUAAAGUACUAGCCUGCGCAGCAGGCGCGCUAGAACGCGCGCACGAGGAAAAAAAAGGAUUGGAGGCGUCCUCUACCCCCUUCACGCGUUCACCUCACGCUAUACAAAAACUAACAAUAAAGCUAACUGGCAGCUACCACGCAGGCUGCCAAGGCACUUUAGGAGACAAAAAUGCUCUUCAUAACACGAAUUCGGUAAUAAAAGGUGUUUGCAGCAUACAUUCCCGUCUUAGAAGUGUAUAUAUCUACUUAGGCUUAUUCCUGGCGAAUCGUGCUCACCUGUGGACCUACACUCGUGAGAGACGGCCUCCUUUAGUCCCAGAAGUGACCCACUGUGGGCAAUCGUUUACUUACUUUGGAUUAAGGAUCAGCUAUAGAUCUGUCAGAACCGUUUCCAAAUAAAUCAUACUAGCCAAGUUAUGCACUGAGUUUUUCAACUGAUUGCUUUGAAAUCCUAUUCUAAGGAAGCUAAGAACAUUAUAUCAGCUAGGAAAUCCUUAUUUUAAUCAUUAAGGCAAUCACAUCAACCUAGAAUACACAUUACACAUCAGGCAUUAUUACUUUUUCUCUUUUUAACCAGCAUGCUGUUUUAGGUUGUUAAAAAUUCUACAGUUUAAACCUUUAUGUAACUGACGAAUUUGUGAUUCAUUGAAACAUGACUUGCACACUAAACAACUAUGCGAUCUGUUUAAAAAUCUUGAUUUGCUUUUUGCUUUCUUGAACAUACCAAGUUAAAUGUUUUGUUCAUGGCAAUUCGUAGAGAUGGUCACGUGAUUCUUUUUCGUUUGUCAUGAACAUUAGCAAUCGGCCAUCUCUCAGUGCUAUUUGCUGAAAACGCGAUGCUUAACCCUCUCAUUUUGGUCUCUCAUAGUCGACUUACCGUAAAUUCAGACUGACACUUUUUAUUUAUUAUUCUUGUCUUUAUAUAGAUAACAGUGGUAGUUGAGGUAAGCGCACUCCUCUUGGAUGUUGCAGGAAAUCUUUCUAUUUGUUUGUAUAAGCGCUUGUAUGUCUGCUUAUUAUUCCGUGCGAAAUUAAGUCAUUUUCUUCUACUCGGUUUUAAUUUUUCCCCAGAAUCCACAGGGUAUCAGAGUACGGCAAUGGAAGAAUCUGGAUACCAGGACAGGUGAUUUCAUAGAUAAAGCGUUUUCACACAUGUGCGAUUAGGCCCGUUAGAACAAAAGAAAGUGUUCACACCUCAAAAAAAUUUGACUCCCUCAAAAUCUUUUUGGUAAAAUCAACCUGACCUAUGAAUUGGAUUAGCUGGACAUUGCUGAAAUUCAUGUCAUUUUUUGUCCAUAGCAAUGUUUAAGUUGGAUCCCACAACUUAAAAGGGUUAAGUAAGAAGCUUCACCCGACAAGUUAUAGCUUGUUCACAGGCAUUUUUCAGUUUUUUUUUGUUUUUUUUUAUCGAGCGUAUGAAAAUAAAAACCGCGGGGAUUGACCGCCAUCGCAAGUGGGAGAAUGGGGGGGGGGGGGGGGGGGGGGUUUUUUUUUUGUUUUUUUUUUGUGGGAGUAGAAAGAAAAAAAGGGGGGGGGGGGCUGGUUUGGGGGGGGGGGGGGAGGGGGGGGGGGGGUGGGGGGGGGGAUCGGAGGGCGGCUAACAAAAACAUGUUUCUUUCUAUUUGUCUUUCUUUUUCUCUCGCGCGCUCGUCAAAUCACGUCGACCGUACAGACUUUGGCCUUGAUGUACAUCAAGGCCUCGGUUUGAGAUUUCCCUAUAAUGACCUCACUCUCAGUCAAUAAUUUAAGUAGUAUGUAAGGGCAUUUUUUGUGUAAUUUCUUCAUCAAGGAAUCAUAUGGAAGAGGAUUCACCUGGACGAGAAUAUUCUGUUGGGUAACUGGACGAUAACAGCCUUAUACGGUCAUCGGGUACGUAAACGUGUAGUUUACAUUUUUUUUUUUUAUCCCAGCGCAUCAGAAGAAACGCGCUUAGUAAAAACGGAAAGAUAUAUUAGCAUAACUGUCAAUUUGUGCUUAUGCGGUUGUUACGUUUUAUUUUUCAAGGAUAUCCACAACACUUCAGUGAAGUUCGAAGUGACGGAAUAUGGUAAGAACAUCUUGUGUAAUUAAACAGGGCCGUCUGUCUUAAGAUAUACUAACGCCAAUGAUUUUUGCUUGCUUUCAGUUCUUCCUAAGUUUUCUGUAAAACUCUUGGUCCCACCCUUCAUCAUGAAAACAGAUAACGACUUCAGAAUCUACAUAGCAGCAAGGUAGAUACGUCUGGCAUAUUUUUGACUAAGGGCCUGUUUACAUGGAGGUGGGGGACCCCAAGUAGGUGAGGUAACCCGCUUAGAUGGGGUAACCCGCCUGUCCAUGUAAUCUCUUAUAUCCAUUUGAUCACGUUUACAUGAUAGGUGGGUUGACCCGCCAAGGCGGGUAGCCCGGUCUGCCAGACCGGGUAAAUCCUCUCAGCCGGGGUCAAAUUUUGCCAUGUAAACGUUUUAUUUAAGAUGGGGUAACUCGCCUAGCCGGGGUCUGGAUUCAUGGUACAUCAAAUUCACGAAAAAUUCACUUUGGCGGUGGCUUUGCAUCAUUAUUAAAGGUAACAAUAGAAAACCACAGCACUGAGGGGGGGGGGGGGGGGGGAGAAAAAAAUGGGGGGGGGGGGGGGGGGGGGGGGGGGGGGGGCAGCAAGAACAGCAGUCGUUUACGUGUUUACGCGUUUUUUUGUUUACGUGCUUAGCGACCAUUCAAUAAUCUGAGAAAGUGAACCCCGGGAUGGCGGAGUUGUAAGAUUACAUGUAAAGGGGAGUUAUUUUUUUACCCCACCUAAGCGGGUUACCUCAACUACCAGGGGUCCCCCACUUCCAUGAAAGCAGGCCCUAAAGUCUACUGGUUUAUAGCUUGUUUCGAUCUGCCCUUGUUUCUUUGAAUUUUAAGGUACACCUUCGGGAAACCUGUUCUGGGCAAUGCACGUGUAAAUUUGGACAUUGUGGGGAUGAAUGGCACGACUUUCCCGUUUGCCAGGCCUGUCUUCACGGUGAGUUGAAUUGAGGAAAGCUGUUCAGUUUGCGUUGAGAAUUUAACACCAGCAGAAAUUCCACAACAGUUUCCUUUUAUCAGUAAACUAGUAAUUCAAAACGACGGGUGGGACUUGCUGGUUCCCAUACAAUUGCCCGAAACGCAAGAGCGCGCGGUAGUCUACAAAUUAAAAAUUACCGGAUCAAAUAUCUAGCACGUCAGUCGAGUGCAUUGAAUUCUGGGAAAACUGAUGAAAGAGCGGCGCCGUGAUACAUUCCGCCGAUCUUCUUGUGAUUGUCUGAAAAUGGUUUCCAUAUGAUCGCUUCCAAUUUUUCUCGAUAGCUGCAUGCGCAACCAUCCAAAACAACAGCAGCAAACCAAAAAACAUUUGCGAGUGGCCCGGAUCUUCCCUCAUCGCGCCAAUUGCCUAAACAUAUCUUGGGACGACUUAGACGCUCGAAAAGAUGAUUGUAGAUGAUUAAAUGGAAACUAGUCAUCAGGGAGAGCUUUGAUUGUAUUCCACUGCACUGUUUACAGUUUUCUCGCUCCACUGUCUGUAACAUGAUAAUGUAACGGAGGACUAAAAGCUAAAAUUUAGCCUUCCAAUUAAUUACUAAUGCCAAACGUGUAUCUUUGACUGUACACUCCAAGAUAGGUCAAAUUAUAUUGCAGCAUCGUUUUUGCUCAUACAAAUUUCGUUCCCUUUCGGAGUUAUCUGCCUGAAACAAUUUACCAAGAGUUAAGAGAACUUAAUACUUCAUCCAUCUUCCAAAAAUAAGAUGGUUACCAUUAUUUUGCAGAUUUAUCAAAGAAGCUGAUCAGCGGUUUACUCCAGCUGAUUUAUAUGAAAAGUUGAUUAACUUUAAUACAGAUAAAUACAAUUAUUAUUAUGUUAUGAUGAUGACGAUGAUGAUGGUAAUAAUGAUGAUGAUUAUUAUUAUUUUAUGGUGCAUGCUUUACGGCAGGUAUGUUGGUAAUGCCGGAAAUUUUAGUCCAAUAAUCAACUGGCAAGUUACUGCAAGCUACCUUAGACUUCAAGGACUCCUCAGAGGAUCCUCGCUGAUCCCCCCACAUAUAGCUAUUUAUUAUCAAUGUUAUUUAUUAUUAAUGUAAUUACAAGAGUAGAUUAGCUCCUGGUAAUUAUCAAUAUUGUGGCACAUUUUUUGGGCCUCUUGAUAGUUUGAGUUCAUUUCUCUAUUAUGUUUCAGCUCAACGGGAGUGGUAAUACGACUCUGACAGAAAAGGUGCAGACCAUUAAGGACCUUCCGGGAAACAUCUGGUUUCCGGAAAAGAGCAGACUUCACGUUCAGGUUGAAGUCAUCGAAAGAGCGACUGGCAGUAAGGAAAGUGCCGUGGAUAAUUCAUGUCUUUUUACAUCAAGUCCCUACAUUGUUGAGUUCAAGAAUACUCCGAAUUACUUUAAACCCGGAUUUCCUUUUCGAGCUAAGGUAUGAUUUGGGAAAAUCGCCAUGGGUAGAUUAGACUUUAAUUACAAACCGUUGAAAUAUUUUUAGAAGAGCAGUGGAGCUUGUCUGGAGUCGUUUUAGGAUACUUAUCUUGGCAUUUGCAUGUCAGGCGCUAUUUUUUUUUCGGACGAGCAUACACUAACCAGUACCAUAUGUCGAUGUCGCGUACUCAUAUUUAUGAUGUUAUGAUUCACGACGCGCUUUUUCAAGUUGUCCGCUGAACUUUUGGUAAGUGUCCCUUUCGCAAGAUUUAUCAUUUAUAACUGCAUCUUGCUUAAACAUCAACUUAACUAUUUAAUUCACGAAGACCAAAAUUCAGCGAGAAGCAAAAACUACCAAUUAUGGACCCUCUCGCCGGUGGCUAUGCUAUGUUGGAAAACAAGGCGCAUACUUUGCAUUUAUAACACUGCAGAAGAUGAAACUAGAGGUUGUGCGCUUGGUAAGGUGCUGGCCAUACAGCGGACUAUGGUAAUGUGUGCUUCUUACUGAAGUUUGGUCAUAUUUCACUUGCCUCGGGGGCAAAUUGAAGGUAAAGUAGACUUAAAGUAGAUACAUCCACGAACAAGUGAAAUAUUUUGAAACACGAGAAGACAAAUCUCGUAUCUCCAAGAGGCCAUGUAUUAACGUUCUAUUCAUUACACAAACACCAAUGGAAUACCAAACCAUUUCACUUUAAAAAUAUUAAUAAAAAAGAAUUACAGAUUUCACUAGUUUCGUAUACAAAUUUGUGGUCCGAAAUCAUUUUAUCAUACUAAACACCAAGAUUCCGCUUCAGCCUGUCAACCCUUGUAACUGUAUAACGAAAUCUAAGACAAUGCUCCGGAACUGUACUACGGACACCUGGCUCUGUUCUUUUGCUGUGUUUUUUAAUUCAGUAUCUACUACAAUUCAAUUUCAGGCUGUAGUUACCCAUCCUAACAAAAAGCCAGCCGUUGGUGUACGAGUCCUAAUGGCAGCCAACUUUACUCGAGGCAAAGACAAAAGUAUGGAAGUGAACCAGAAAUUUGAUAGAGAUGACCCCAAUUCAAUCGGUCAUACGGACUUGAACGGUGAAGUCGAUUUUGCCAUAAAUACCCAGUCGAAUUACCACCUCAUCAUUAUUAAGGUACAGAAAAAGAUAACACUAUUUGUGUGUAAAAAAGGGUUUGGGUAUUCGUCGUGGCAGACACAGUUAGACGUUUUUAAGUGAGGCCUUUUUCCUUGUGAUUACAUUGUAGAUCCAUUGACGGUACCAAAUGUGUUUGUUAACUGUCUUACGAUUAGCCAGAAAUUUUGGGCAAAACCACAGCCCAAGAAUGCCGGCAAAAAGUCUACUACUGGCCGGUUAACGUGUGUACUUCAAAAACUUCUUUGCUUAAGCUCCCCAUUAUAAUGGGGUCUCAUAUUGCGUGAUCAUGUAGUCACUUCUAUGUAGCUUGCGACUCCCGACUACUUACGACGGUAUUCUUCAGGCGAGGUGACGAUUGUACACCGUUGUGUCGGUCUGCUGAGCGGUAGGCUGUGAGUUCAAACUCCGUCCAGACCACUUACCAAGUUCUUUAAAAAGACUAGUGAGAUCAUGGUAGCUGUUUUUUAAACCCUUUCUCAGUUCAGAAGAUCGCGUUAUUGGGCGGUGACGUUAAACCGGCCUUUGGCCUUGUCUCCUUCAUCCUUCCACAUCAGCUGGAAGGGGUCGUUAUAGAACCUGUGACAUUGUUCGAGAAAGGUAGGGGAUGUAGGCCCUGGUGUCAUGGUCUACAUGACUUGUGCCAUCAUUGGUUUGAGUGGGCAACUAAGGUGAUCGAGAUUUAAAAACAUGGACUGAAGCGCGCGGCUGCUUAGUGCGCCUUUACAUGCUGACGUACGAUCCCCGAUCUCACAAGUGAGGAAAGUUACCCCGUUAUUGAUUGAUUGAUUUUAGAAAAGACGACAGGAGUCGGCUAUUGUUAAUUCACUGGCCGUCUAGCAGGGGCAAUAAGGAUCGAAGGAACCAAUCACAGCCGAUCACUGUGAUUCGAAAUGCACGACGCAGUCACCCGACCUUAUCGCAUGAAAAAAGGCUAGCAUAUAGCAAUAAGCAGGCAAAACGUAGCGAUCUAAAUCACAAGUGACUAAAUCGAAAAACUAUAGGGUGCCGUUUGUAAAUUUAUUGUUUAGGUCAAAAUCAUGCCGUUUUUUCGUUAGUAAUAAAUAAUCGGGAGUUUUGGAAACUUUGUAUAUAAAUCAUUUGAAGGAACAAGUAUUUACCGAAUGAUAUGUAAACCAUUUGCUUUCCCUGUUGUCUUGUUGUUUAACUUGAUUAUAGGUGAAAACGGACGAUGAUCGACUUGAAGAGAAAUACAAUGGAGUUGCCAAUAAAGUAGUUAAACCAUUUAACACAAAUGGCCCUUUUAUUAUGAUCCGCCAGAAUGUGAAGAAAGGAUCAGUAAAGGUGAUGUACAAUUCGUUGUUCCAAUCGAAAUCACCACAAGACAUAUGCUUGCAUCAAAGUUAUUGCAUGUAAACAUCAUACUGGAUAAUAAAUCAUUUUUUAAUUUAUAUUGCGCAAAUAUCAUCAGAAAAACAGACUUUUCAAAUGAGCAUUACAACGACUUAAACAGGAAAACUGAUAUAGAAACUUAACAAGGUUGUUGGUAUAAAUGGUAAAAUAUUCCAAACGUUUCUAUAGCUGAGUUAGGUUACAACUUGUUCCUAAAUAUUUAAUAUAUAGAUACACUCUUCUAUGUCUGGUGUUAUUAUGGUCAAAUUUCGACCCUACUCGUCCUUCUUUCCUCAGAGUCACACGCAGUGAGCGAAAAAUUAAUAUUGUGUAAAAUGGUUACAAUUUCCGAACUAGAACUCGAAUGAUCGUUAGUUCAGUUCGAACUUCACCUAGAGCUCGGAUUUUUUCUGAUCUUUGAGCUUUCUGGUGUUUGAUUUUUCUUCCAAAUUAUACUUUGCACCCUUGAUUUUGAAUGCUGAUUGACAGCCGAUUUUGACCAAGUCCCUCACACUUCAAAGAUUUUCUUUUACACAAACGAUCUCUCAUGUGUUUGUGAAGCUCGUUUCAUAGGAUUAGCUUCAGGUCCGCAACGCCAAACAACGUGUCUCCCAGUUCGCGGGUGUUUCUUGGUGUUGGUUUGCCUGUGUGUUGUGGUGUGGGUAUUGUUUAGUAUCUUUUCAAUCUUUUGUAUUACGUCAUUUGGUGAUUGCACUCGUUCGCAACACCAAGAAAGAAUCACAAAAAAAACCAAUUCGCCACUUUAGAAACGAGAAGAGAACCCUUCCCGCGAUGGUUUCUGGGAUUGUUACUGGAGACGUGCCGGUCAUCUAUUGGCCAAUUUUUCUCUGUCCCUAGUAACAGUCCCAGAAGUCUUUGCGAAAGUGAUCUCGGUCCAGUUUCCCGUUUUUAAAGUAGCGAAUGCUUAUAACAUAAAACUAUCGUUUGAGGUCACGCUCUCCCCGGAGCCUUUUACAAACCUAACCAUCAUCUCGUUCUCAGCAUCCGCGUUACCCUUGUCUAACGGAAAAGCGGUGUUUAGUGAUAUGAGCAUCCCCACAUUUUGGGCAUCCCCAUUCCCAAAACCCUAGUGAUAUGGGUAUCCCCUUCUCAUAUUACCUUAGCGAUUUGGGUAGAAACGAGGAUACUGGGCCAGGCUAGCUUUUGCAAAGGCUUCUAGCUGCUUCUGGGUCUGUUACUUAGGACAAGAAGAAAAUUGGCCAAUAGCUGGCCGGCGCUUCCCAUGGCCAGUAACGAUCCUAGUAAAAAUUGCGUGACAAACACCGGUUUCAUUUUCCUUCUAGUUUCUAAAGUGGCAAAUUGCGCACCCGCACAAGAGUAAAAGGGCGAUUAGCCAAUCGGAGGGCGCGCUUUGCUUUCUUUAUAUUAUGACACUUCUAGGGAAGGGAAGAAAUGUAACAAGAAUUCAUCUACCGUUGUUUCCCAGGUUAAUGACAAAAUGGAGUGCGAACUAUUCCACAGUGAGCAAGCUGGAGCAGGCUCUCCCAAAAAACUAUCGUUUGCAGUAAGACCAGUCUUGUUCAUUAAACAAUUUUAAAGUUGAAUUUCAGCUCAUAUGAUAGUGAUUUCAGUUCAAUUGAAUGUAACUAAACCAUUAGCACAAUUUUUUUUUCGUAACACCUUGCUUGUUCUGCAUAACUCUGCAUAUACUAUCUCUUUGGAGAGCUUUAUAUAUGAAAACAAUCACACCGCUAAAAGUGUACUUAAAAGUGAAUUGGCGCCGUUUCAUAAUUCAUCGGUAUUAUGCCGUCUCGUGUAAUUUGCAAAAAAAAAAUCAAACAGGCGAAUCAAUUUCCGGUAGUUGAAUUCUAAUGGAUUGUACAGCUCAGAAACAGAUAAAGAAAAUUUCACGUCGUAAUCAUGCAGUGAGAGAAAAGUAAUGUACCAAAAGUUGUGAUGUACGUACAGAGGUGUUGUUUAUCUCAUGAAAUUAAAGCUAUUGCCUUUCUGACGCUCUUGAUGUCGUCGCCGUCAUGUGCUUGUACCUAUUCCUCUCGCGACUUCGCCGGUCGUUCCUUCGCGCGCUCACCGAGAAAACCACAGGUCUCAGUUACUCAAAAGUUGGAUAGCGCCAUCCAUCGGAUAAAUCGCUAUCCGAUGGAUACAUAUUUGGGAAACCAAUUGCGCUAUCCACUGGAUAGAGAUUUAUUCAAUGGAUGGCGCUACCCACCUUUGGAAAAACUGGGGCCAUCGUGCGUUGGGUACAUCAUAAGAAUUUGACGAAUUUGGCUUUUAAGGCCCUUUUUUAAAGUACUUGCUGCUGCCGUGCUGAACUCAAUUGAUAGAAUAAAAUUUGACCUUUAUUACCUUGACGGCUUUUGAGAGAUGGAAAGGAGUUCAUGAAAAUGUACGGUACAUGUACAUUGCAAGAGAACAUAAAGUUUUUUGUCUAGUCAGUCAGGCAAAUGAAAAAACUCAUCUCGAAAACCAAAUUGGGCUGCGCUGGAAGUCAAGUCGAGGAGCGACUAAAGAAGCACCAGCACUUCCUUCGAUCCAUAUCUUCGCUCUUUAGCUAGCUCCACUGACGGUCAAAGAAUAACUAUUUGUAACCUGUACAUUCUUUUCUAGGUGGUAUCUCGUGGACGGAUUCUCUCUCACGAUAUGGCCAUUGCUUUAAAUGGUGGGAAAUCUAAAAGCUGGCAGUUUUAUGUAACUCCGCAAAUGUCUCCAUCGGCGCGUCUGAUUGGCUAUUACAUUGACAACAAUGGAAACGUUGUAGCUGACAGCAUCUUACUCGACGUUGAAGACAGUCUUCCAACCAAGGUAUUAACCAAUUGCCACGCACUUAUAAGGGAAAUUAAUUUAGCUGUAUUUUUGUUUUGGGUUUCUGGGUUUAAUAAUACAGACACCAUGAAAAUUGUGUGAAUCUGAAGAUAACUUUUACGUGAACAAUAAGUAAAGGUAUAGUUCUUUACAUUUAAGGUAAGGUUGAUCGGACAGCUAUCAUCUCUUGUCUUGUCAGGAUAUAAUUGGUAGUUCCUGUAAUGUGCAAAAAAACAUGUUCAUUUGAAAAGCAGUGCGUUCUCAUGAAAACAUGGUCACCUCCACCUUGGCUAGGAGUCUUAUCCCUACCACCACUGUUAAAUGACCCAUUCUUAACUAAAUAUAACUUGCAUUAUAAAAAUCGCCGGAGUGAGCACAACUUUAUCCGAGACCCCCUACAGCAUAAUUAAGUUCCUCACUCUCAUACCUGACAGUUGAUACCCGCUAAUGGGGGAUGCUUUGAAAAAACGCAAUGAAUAUGAAACCGUAAAAGAGCGGGUAGACAGAUUUCAUAUUCUUGAUUCCUUUUUCAGGUUGAAUUCCAUAAGCCCGGUAAAGACCAAAUUUUUCCUGGAUCUAAACUUGACCUCCGCAUUGAUACCACUGCUGGGACACGACUGGGAGUUGUAAUUGUAGAUGAAAGCGUUUACUUGUUAAGAGAUAAAAACAGACUCACUAAAGAGCGGGUAAGUUUUAAAACUUUUGAGCCUUCGCUCAUUUACAUUUUUACUUUUAGUUUGGAACUAACAGCCUAAUCACCCGUUUCCUGCGUUUUCCUGUACCUCUUAUGCAACCUCUUUCCCAGGGUUCUCUUCUACGCGUCCUACCUCCGUGGGGCGGGUAGGAGAGAACCCUGGGAACGAGGUUGCCUCUUGUGACCUCAUCAAUUUCAACGGUCACAGGCAAAUUUGAAAUGGGGUGCGGGAUGGGAGGGUGUUUUGGGUUACCUCGUUCCCAGAAACGACUCUGAGACCGAGCGAUUCAUUCUGAGAACCCAUAUAUAAAAAGUAAAAAAUAUAUACAUCAUCCUAUUUUUGACAACAAAUUUUUAAUGGACAUUCCACUCCACCUAGUAUGUCCUUCAAAAUAAUUUCGGGAUACACGUACGGGGUUUUCGUAGAAACGUUUCCGCGAAAUAGAGCCAAGUAAUUGCCCAGAAGAACAGAAAAAAUAGGGGAACAUGCGCUUUUGGAUCCAUACCCGUGAGUCUCUUUGAUAUUCAAUAAUACUCUUCAAUAAUAUUUCACUAUUAUGUAAUAUUCUUAAGAUAUUCAAGGCUGCUGAGGAUCUCGACCUUGGCUGCGGUGUGGGAGGAGGGAAGGACAGCAAAGACAUUUUCAAGGUUGGUGUUGUCACAGGGUCUGACAGCAUUUCAGGCCUAGGAUAGGUUUUUAUCAACUCGGCCGUAAGUUUUUAGUGAAGAAGAUCUCGUUCGGUUUCUUUUGUACUGCCUCUGAAUUAGUCCCAGCCGUAUCCAAGAUACAGUUAGCGAUGGUUUUAGAGAAUGGCUCGCAGAUGAGCAGUCAGACUAACUUUAAGAACUUCUGGAAUUCAGUUUUGAAGUUAGCCUACAAAAUGUAAGACAGCUAAGAAAGACCGGGGGGGCGGGUACUCCUGGGAAUUCUUGGUAGGGUGUGCCGCCCGGUUCUCCAAAUCCUGCUCCUACGUCAGACCAAAAAAUGUCAUUUUUCACACCCGUUUUCAGACCUGGCCUCUAAAAUCCAUACCCGUUUUCAGACCUGGCCUCUAAAUAAAUUAUGUCAUCAUCACUUAUAUUAGAACAACAACCAAAAAAAAGUUCUAAAAAUCCAUUUCGAAUUCACAUAUUUAUCUUUCUUUCUUUCUCGUUUGGAACUCAAGCGUACCUUAGUCCCAUGUAUACAGUUUACACACAGAGUUGUCAAUAAAGUGCCAAUGGAAACAGGUUUUCCUUGUAUCCCUAUGAAGAAAGUGAUGGGAGAGGGGAGAGGGGUGCUCACUGGAGAAAGUGCAUGUUUGAUAUUUUGGCCUUGGUGUGGGCGCUUAUUCGGGGGAGGGCUCUCAUUAGAGCUUGAGCGCUUAUUCGAGGAAAUACGGUAUCUAAUCUGAUGUUUGAAGAAAGAGCAAAGCCAAAUUGCAAGAAGACGGCGAUGAGGGAAAUCCGGACGAUGUUUCUAUCCCUUUUAAUUAUCUCCCCUCGCUUCGCUUCGGCUCGGGCUAACUAUUCUAGGAGGUUACUUUUGACAGACCUAUACCUGUUUUUUUUGUAUUAACUUUUUGUAAAAACUGUUUUAACACCGUCGCGCUCACGCAGAGAAGGAUGUAAAUGUAUCGUCAAUCCGUGGUCGCUGCACCACUAACAACAAUUACUGUACUCUGUCUUAAUUUUCCCUUCUUUUAGAACGCUGGUGUUGUCUUGAUGACUGACAACUUCGUUAGUGGUGCAAGAAGAGGUGAGUUUAUAAUGAUCUUUCCCUAAAUAGCCCACCUGUUUCUGAGAGAAUUAAAAUGGAAGCCAUUAGGAAAUUGAGCAAUUUCAAUUUUCAAUGGAUAAAACCUUGUACCAGAAUAAUUUCAAGCAUAUGGCAUCUUUUUUUCACACUUUUCGAGGGCUAUAAAUAGGCUACUUCCGAGUUCCAAAAACCCUCACUUUCAAAAUAAGGCUAGGUGCACAACCUUUCUUGUGAAAAUGAGUUUUAUUUGCAUGAGAAUGAAAAAUGAUUUCCAUAUCAAAGGCUGAGCACCUACCCUCAUUUUGAAACAGAGGCCGGGGGAACUCGGAAAUGGCCUAUUAAUAACUCCAAAGAAAAGGUCCUUAUGGGGGCCUGAGAAAACAUAGUUCAAAAGCUUCAAAUUUCACAAAAUGAAAAAAUGAAAUCCUACACAUGACGAUUUUACCUGUGUUUUCUCAAUUUCUGUGAAAUUUGAAAUAUAUUUUCUCUGGCUCCAAUAAGAAAUUGUCUUUGGCGUUAUUACAGAUAACUUAUUAUAUGUAUAGCCCUUGAAAAGUGUGAAAAAGAAUGGGAUAUGAUGAUUCCGUCAUAAUAGCUGAGGACUACUAUAGACAAAUUUCGUUUGCCAGCAGACAGUCAACAGGUGGUAAGCGUAAAAGUGGCUUACUUUGUCUGCUGGAAAUUCUCAUAAUAAUCGCCUCUUCUGUUUAAAAUUAUGUUCGGUCAUUUAAGUUUUGUUUUACGUCUCCUUGGACUGCAAAACAGUCCGUAUUUUUACGUAUUCAAGUACGCGCGAGCAGUCAAACAAAAAGUCUGGAGCGUGUGAGACUCUCGCGCUUCGCGCGAGUGAGGCUUUUAGGCUACACUAAACCAAUUUUGAGAAAAAAACCCACUGUUUAACUUUGCAGUCUAACUUCUCCUCGAUACCCGAAAAAUUUUUUGGCCUUUCAGACCUUCUUUAAUUUCACAAAUAUGGAAGCGAGCCUGGAACAAGCCCUUAUAAUAUAUUUAGGUCACGGAGGCCAUAUAUUGGUGUUCCAGACCAAUACUGUGGGAUGAUAGCUCUUUUCUUAUACAAACACUUUGAUUUGUUCAAAACAAUGUGCAUAAAUGCUGGCCACGUGAGUAAAAACGCUCUAUAUAAAAAAAGAAAUUCGCCUUCUUUAUUUUACAUUAUUAUUCAUUCAUUCAAAAUAUAUCCCCGAUUCUGAUUGGCUAAAAGCACACGCAUAAUUCACCAUAACUAGUAACUGAUGACCAAAUUUGGAAGAAUUUUGUGUUUAACGAGGAAAUGACGUCAAAAAUGCAGCGUUCUUGAAGGUUAAGGCACCGUUAAGCGAGAAGACCUGGGGACGAGGACGAGUUGUUUUGGUUGUGAAAACAAAAAAUGGCGGACAUUUCACUCGCUUCAAAAGUAAGAACUAGGCGAAAUUAUAGCUAAAAACAUGGCAAGAACAGCAAGAACACAACUCGAAGGGCGACAUCUGCUAUUUGGAGAAUAUUUGCGGAGCUAAAAAAACCCUAAACAUGCACUAUCAAAGGUGAACUUAACAUCGAUGGAGGUAAGCAUGUUUUAGCUUUGUUUUUAAACUAGGAAUUAUAUUGAAUGAAUAAUAAAACAAUUAUUGAAUUCGGCUUUCGUAUCAUAUGAAGAAUUAUGGAGACCUCGGAGGGUGUUAUCCGCCUCGGCCUACGGCCUCGACGGAUAAAACCCUCCUCGAUUUCCAUAAUUCUUCAUAAGAUAAUCAGCCUCAUUCAUUAAUUGUUAAGUAUCACAUUGUUCGGAAUCACUAUUUUGUUCACGGCCAUUACUGUAAGACAAAGACGGUGUUUUUUGAAACCUUGUCUAUAAAUUUUAGCUGUCGAAGUAGCUCGCAGAAACCUUAUCAGGUGAAAGAUUAUUGAUCAAAAACUUUGAAGACAUUUAACAGAUUUGCUAAUCCUUUCCUUUUUUUUCGUGUAGUACUGUAAGCCUAUAUUUUCUUUCAACUUUGUUUUCAGACUAUGGAUGUAGUGACGACGAGUCCAGAAAAAAAAGAAGUGUUGAGGAUGACUCGGGUACGAAAAUGCCAUGUUCCUUAUGUAUUUACAAAUCAGAAGAAGAUCUAUUUUAUUUCAAGCAAACGUCAAAUACCCAAAUAAACCCCUCAAUGCGACCGGGAAUAAAGCUAAGAAACAAAGAGGGAAAGACUGUUUCGCCGUUUUGCCCCCAAUUGCUGGAAAUAGUUGACCUAUUUCAUUCUAAAAUUUACAUUUCAUGCCCAGUGUGAGGGAAAUUUUUAAUACGUCGCUCUCAUUUAACUUGUUGUGUUGUUAAUUCAACAGAGGAAAAAAUAUGCUGCGAUAUGGCUAGGGACACGGAAAAUGUGACGUGCGUUAGACUAGCUUUUGACAGCAACAAAGAUUUAAGCUAUCGAUGCAAAAACGCCUUUUGGAAUUGCUGUAUUAAACUGCAUGGCGAGGAAGGUAACUCAUUCUAGGAUCAGCUGACGUCAUUCAAUAGGUCGCCAUCUUGAAUUCUACUGAAAUUCCAAUUUGAUUUAUUGUAUUCAGUAGUGAAAACGUAAACAAUAGGGUCACCAAUAGGUUUUUCGGGAUCCUCAGUAUACCUUAAUUGAAGACUCCUCGUCCAUGUCGAUUUACAAAACUUAAACUUAAACUAACAGUUAUAGGGUUUUCCUUGGAGUGCUUACCGUAUUUAUUCGAAUAAGCGCCCAUCCCUCCUCCUCCCAAUCAAACUCAAAUAAGCGCUCACCCCACCCCACCCACUUGAGUGAAUAAAUUCUAAUAAGAGACUUCCCCGAGGACGGAGUUUUCUUCAGAGUAUUUUACAGAAACCUUGCUUUGUUGCUUCUUCACGUUUUGUUAUUAGCACUUAUUGUUUUGUUGCAAAAUAAACAUACUUCACUUGCUGAAAAUGGUGAAAAUUUAAUAAGCGCCCAGCCUCGAAUAAGCGCCCACUCUCAAUGUCCAAAAAUUUAAUAAGCGCCCAGGGCGGUUAAUCGAAUAAAUACGGUAUCAUCCUUUUUGUAAACUGGAGUCCAGACUCCACGCUUCCAAUCUCUUGGCCAGACACAGUUACGUAUACAUGAAUUGAAAAGAGUAGUAACUGGUUUGGCCAAUUCAUCGGCUGCAAUUUUCAACACUUUGGCCGGGAUAUUGUCUUAGCCAGUGGCCUUGUUAGUGUUCAGAGAUUCUAAAGCAGCUAGGACUUGACUUUGCGUGAUAGCACAGAAUAGAAUAAUAGCAUAGCACCCAUAGCACAGAAGAGAAUAAAGGGGCCCGUUUUACAGUCGAACCUCCUUUAACGCAUGUGAUAGAUUUGUUUCAAAACAAUAGGAAACGGGCUUCGAAACCGAUACACUUGCCAAAACAAUCAUAAGGGUUCCACAAAGCCCGGGGGGGGGGGGGGGGCACAAAAAAAAAAGCUCCUAAAACCAACAAAAAACGAAGAGGGGCACGGCGGGGGGGGGGGGGGGGCGUGCGGAACACAAAGUAACAGGCUUCUAAACCGAUACACAUGCCAAACAUUCGGACUUCUGAGACAAAAUUACAAUUCUCCCAACGGUGCACUGUCAUCAAAGAUCUGUUCUCAAUCGAAAAACUACUCUGUUCAGAAUGUCACAUGAUCAUGUGCUCCAAACGUGAUCACCUACAUGUAAGACCAAAAAUGUCACGCGUGACGACGUGUGACAACGGACACCUCCCGUAAGCGGACCCGUACCCUUAAUCCCGAGGGAGGCUCGACUGUAAUAGCACAAACAAUUACAAAGGCGCUGGACAAUACCCAGUCACACUACGAGAAAACCUAGUCACAGUAGUUUUAAUUUGCAACAUCAUGACACAUCAUUUUUCAUUAUCAAAUGAAAAAAUGCAUUUAGAUUCUUAGUCGUUCUUCUAUCCUUGCUCAUUAGACGCAGCUCUUCUUGGUCGAAGUGCUGGAUUUGAGUUUAAUAGGGAGUUGGAGGAUUCUAUAAGCCAGAGUCAAGUGAGAAAAUAUUUCCCAGAAGCCUGGUUCUAUGAAGAAUUUGAUGUAGGGUAAGAUCUGUGAAAUAUCAAACCAUUUAAGUCUAUUUGCAUAUUCAUCAGUUUUAAGUAGGCAUUUUAGCGUGAUCACAUCUGCAGUCGUUACCCUCUAAACAAAAGCACUUCCUGUUUUGGGGACUUCAACAACUGCAUAGUUACCUCCAACGUGAGCUGUAUAUAAAUAAGCUUGGUUUAAAGUACGUUAUGUAAAAUGUGUGAUUAAACAAAGUUGUCUACCUUCAUGUUUUAGUCUUGUUUUUUGAAUGAAUAAAAUUUUAAAAAAUAUCAUUUUAAUCAAAACGCAAAUUUUUUUCCAAAACGUUCGUGUAGUUCAUUUUCGCUGUAGCUGGUCUACAUCUGCACUCAUAAUUUUAGGCCUAGUUUUUUCUUAGUAAUGCUUGAUUUUCCUUUUCCAACUUUUCAAUUAUUCACAAUUGUAAAUAGUUUUCUAUCGUGGACAUAUAUUUAGUUUUUAAUUUGUAAACAAUACGAUAUAAUUUAAAAUUGUAAAUAAUGCUUAUUGUUCUGAUACUUAAAUAAAGAUUGGUUAUGUGACCUUUCAGUUAACAGGGUAAAGAUUAUUAGGUUACAGGCACCUGUCGGACUUGAAUAAAAUAGUAUUCAGUUUGUAAUUUAAAUUGUAUCAUUAGUAACCCUUUCAUUCAGUUUUUAUCCUGCAAUGUUGUUAAAAAAACAACAUAUUAUAAAAUAAUAUUAUUAUUAUAAUGAUAAUAAAUUAAUAUUAUUGUCAUAUAGCUGGAAAUUUCUUCUCAACACGACCGCUCGCGGUCUCAUUGGUUACUUCGAGGUCACAUGACAUCUGACAAUGAAAGUGUUUCCCGCCAAAAUCUCUGAGUGGGCAACAUUGCAAAAAAUCUAUGACGUCAGAGGGUAACAGUGUAAUGUUACCCGUGAAAUUUGACAGAUGACCGUCGUUUCUGGGAGGUUUAAUGAAUUUCUAGCUUCAAAAUUUCCAGCUAUAUAACAAAUCACUUAAAGACUGGUCCCUCGGGAAACAAUAAAUUUUGAAUCUCAAUGGAAACAUUGAAAUUCGAGGGAAACAAAAUUAACUGUUUCCCUCGUGACCAGUCAGUAAGUGUUUAUUAUCAUCAUUAUUAUCAUUACUUUUAUUAUUAUCAUUAUUAUUAUUAUUAUUAUUAAUAUCAUUAUUAUUAUUAUUAUUAUUAUCAUUAUUAUUAUUAGUAGUAUUAUUACAUCGCUCGUUUCCCUUGGCUUUUUCUUUAUAGAUCCAGUGGAGUGUUCUCCCAAACUAUAACUUUGCCCGGUACCAUAACCACGUGGGUAAUGCAGGCCGUGGCUAUCAACAACCAGACUGGACUUGGACUAGCGACGCCGCUUCGAAUUGUGUCAGAGAAGAAUUUUUUUGUCACUUUGAAGAUGCCAUAUUCAGUAAAGAGAGGUGAACAGGUUUCUCUUGUGGCAACAGUCUUCAAUUACGCCGAAAAGGGGAUUGACCAAUUACUACAGGUGAGAUUACAAUAAAAUCAUAUCUAGAGCAAUUCUGUUCACACACAAUAUUUUCUCCUUAGUCCAGAAGCGUUGUAAAAUGCUGAGUCAUCAUUACCAUCUUCUACCAAGGCCAAACUCAAGCUCCGAACUUUUAUAAAAAUAGUUUUUAAAGGAGGCAGACUAUGGACUGUUGAUUCAGCAUUAAGACUGUACAUAGUCCGAACCCUGCCAUGUGCCACAUGUGCCAUGUGCGCCAGAAAGACUGUACAUGUCCUAGUCCUCUUUUUUUGGCGUAAACAAAUAGACCUUUGUCCCGCAGCGGCCAUUUUGUCUCUGGAGAUUUAAAAGCUGUGUCUAUGCAUGGCUAGCCUCGUAGAGAGAAUGAGGCUAGGCGUGCACUUAACACAGCUUUUUAAAUCUCCUGAGACAAAAUGGCCGCCGUGUGACAAAGGUCUAUACCAUCUUGAAAGCUAGCUGUUGAAAUUUAGGAUAAGUGGUUUGCAUUUUAUCGGAUCCCUUCCAUAAUUUAAUUUAGUGGAAUUUCUCCGGUUGUUCAAACGUUGCAUAGCGCUUUAAUAUCCCCCGGAUAAAUCAAUACUCAGUGGAUAAGUAUUAAGGAAAUCAAUUGCUUUAUCCACUAUCUGCCUUUUGAACAACUGGGGCCAGAUAAAAAAAUCGCUGCUACAGCUACUUUAUUUGAAGUUUUGUUGUUCUGUUCAUGAGAAAAGCCCCGUGCAAACGGAUGCAACUUUGUUGGCCAACAACUCCUGUCAUUGUUGGAUGCUACAUGUUACCUUCGUUUGCACAUCCUGUUGCAUCUUGUUGGAAGAUAUUGCGCAUUUAAUUUUAAACCGGUCAAACUUUUGAAGCCAACAACUUCCAUUUGUCGCCGAAGCGUCGCGCAACAAUGUUGAAUCCCUGUGCACAGCUCUUCCAACAUUGUUGAGGCCACGCACGCGCAUAACACAUGCUUUACAAAGUCUUAUGGGUUGUAUCCUUCCCACGAUGCACUACAGGUCCGAAUAUUGUUGGAGUUGUUGCAUCCGUUUGCACACAGCUGCCACCACGAACGUAACAACUCGCACCAUUGUUGGCCCAACAAUGAUGGGAGUUAUUCCGUCUGUUUGCACUUCCGCCCGGGCUUUUUUUUCGCUUCCUGCGAGAGGAGGUGGGUUGGGGGGGACUCCAAAGGCUCCCAGCCAAAAGCCUUCCUGGUCUGAAUAGGGUUAACCUGCACCCCCAACUUACAACCCGCACCAGCUACAUUUAACUUGAGAAGUUUGGAGAGCACUCAAGAAGCUAGAGUUGCGAGCUACGCCUCGAACAAUGCAACUCUUAAGGCUGAUUUAGACGGUCGGCGAUUUUUGCUUACGACUUUCGUGAGCGACUAGCAUACGUCAUAAUUUUCGACCAUCCACACGCGCACAAUUUUCACUUACGACUUCUACACGUGUCGUACGGAUGUCGUGGGUCUAAUUUACACGACACGAUCUGACGUGAAGGCAUGACGUGUGCUGGUUGCGUAUGACAGUCGUAAGUAAAAAUCGUACCGUCUAAAUCGGUCUUUACGCUUCUCUCGUGCUCUUCAAACUUCCCAUGCGCACUGAUCCAUAACCCGAUAAACGCACGCUAAGCAUGAACAAAUUCUUAAAUUUUUUUCGCGUUUUUCAGGUGAACAAAGGGAAGCGCAUGUCUUGCACUCCGCGUUCGCCUUGCGCUUGCCUUCCCUCACCUGAAAAAAGCGGGCCAUUUCAGACCCGGUGCUCGGUGCAUUUCUGUUUUGUUCCAUUUCAGACCUACAAUUGAGAACAAUUACGGUAUGUCGUUGUGGAACUCGACUUUUUUUCUAAGAAAAAAGCCCCCAGCGAGACAGAAAUUAUUCUUUUCGGCAGUAAAACUUAAAGGAAUUAUGAUUUUGGACUGUGUUUGCAUGUGUAUAGAAGUGGAUCACGUGAUUAAGAUGUGCACCAACAUGGCGGGUAUUAAUUCCGUGACGUCGAUCACGUGAAAACGAUCUAUUGAUGAAAAGUGUCCAAAUUUCUUCUUGAGGCUUUAUUUUCGAACUCGAGGAGCGUUGAUUAGCAAAUUUCGGGUUGAAAACUUGGGCCAUUUUGAGACUCCAACAACGAAAACUGUUGUUCUUACUUUUUGCGAGAACAAGUUAUAUCAGAUUACUUAUCUACCUAAAAACUAUUUAUGGACAGAAAAAUGAAGGAAAUCGAUUUUUCAACUCUUGCCACUCGAUGCUCCAUAUUUCCUGACCGUCGCUCUUAAAACUUCACUGCAGAUAACUUAAAUUACACCAGUGCUACCUUUUUUAGUUCAUCGAUCGGUACGGGGGUUUGUUCCAGGCCGGACGCCGGACGCAGCGUCCGGUUGUUUCACAUGUAACGUCCGGUAGUUCACACACGAUAAAAUUAUUUUUUGAUGUGAAAAUCGUUUCCUUUGUAACCAUCUGUAACUUGCACUAUUUCAGAUUAAAACUCGUUUUGGAAUCUACUAAAAAACGAACAACUGCAAACCGAUAAUAUCAUAAUUUCUAAAAUAAUAAAAUACUUCAUCUUUUAUAAGCAUAUUUUAAUGUCUUAAAAUACUUCCCGGUUAACCAAUUCCUGCCCAGGGAACGCAGAAAUUGCAUUUUAAAGAGUCCAAUUUAAAGAUUUCCCGGAGAGGAUGCCCAAAGAACCCCUAGAAGUACAAGCCUCCGGCACGGUGCAAGUCCGCCAGCUGAACAUCUGCAUCUAGUACUCCCAAAUGCUACAAGACCUUGUUUGAAUUUCAAAGCAAAUAGUUAUGUUUCGUUUCUAUUUGAUUUGUCAGGUGAAACUGUAUCUCAAAGGUGACAAAGAUUUCUGUUCUAUUGCUUCUGACAACAAAUACGCAUUUAUUGGAAUUAUUAAUGUACCCGCCAAUGACGCCGGUUCAGUCACAGUUCCCAUCAUUCCCAAGAUAGUCGGAGAAGUAAAUGUUGAAGUGAUGGCUAUAGGUACAAUCCCUGGGUUAGUAGGUGCAACAGGAGGUAUGGAUGCCGUGCGAAAACCCCUUCUUGUUGUGGUGAGUCUAUUGGUUUGUUUGUUUUUAGGUUUUUAGCCGAAAUGCUCUUACCCCAUUCCACGGGGGGAUCCAAGAGUUUUGUUCAGGCGGAGAGGGGGGCAACAACUUGUGCACGAAGUUGAAUCUAAUAAUAUACGGCCCUUACACGCCGUUACACAUAAGGCCCUACAGCGUAGACCGGCACCAGUGCUGUUGUGAUAAGCGCAGUACAUGUGACAUUCUAUUCAUAAAGGACCCAGGCCAGCAAAAUCAUUCUUCUUGUCUAGAUUAUGUAAUAGAAUUUAGAUCAGCUAAAUUUGGCAACGUGCAUCCCAACUUUGUUUUUAAGCUAGGGGAUAAAGGCUGUAUGCAAAUCUUCAAAGCAAUUAAGAAAUUACUUGAAAUAAUCCUCCGGUCUGAUGGACAUACGUAUGUUGAUCAGAGAGGCCCGGCGAAAUUAACGGGGGAAAACAUUCUUGGAAAACAACAACAAAAACAUCGUGUUUGUCAAACAGGCAUUUAUUUUUGGUUUUUAAAUACAAUUUAAUUUCAGCCAGAAGGAAAGGAACACCGAAAGUCACAAAAUUUGGUGCUGGAUCCAAGUGGUAAUAUUAUUGUAUUAAUAUCAUAGGUGACGAAUUAUUCCUUAAUUUUGGCGCGAAAUUUCAGCGUUAAUUUGUAAUUUCACAUGUGAAAUUACUAAAUUGCCAUGGCAACCUGCCGUACGUCUCCGUUUCAAGAUGGCGACGAAGUUUUAAAAUGUCGUAAAUGAAGAUGUCAGGGCAUAAAAAGACGCUUUAGAAAACCUGAACACACGAAAGAGCACCUCAAGAAGGAUUCUUAGAGGUAUGUUGUCGAAAAAUUCUGAAAACUUAAGCCAAAUUUCUGCUCUAAACGUUUGAGAGAGUGGAGUUCACGAUCGAUCGAUACGAUCCAGGGUAAACAAGUCAAAAAUCCUCGAUUGCUAAGGUAAUUCGUCACCCAUGAUAUUAAUAGGUAAUCAAAUGGUAUACUCGUGAAAUUAGGGAAUAAUUUCACUUACGUUUUGUCCAAAUUCUAAUAAUUUCCCUCGCCUAAAGGCUCGGGAAAUUAUAAGGAUUUGGACAAAACGCGCGUGAAAUUAUUCCCUAAUUUCACUCGUCACCAUUUGAUUACACAUACUAAUGUAACGUAAAUAAUUCGCCCUUGAACCUGAAUCGCCACUAACCGUUCAUGCGGAUCCACUUCCCUUGUAUCGCUUGUGACUUCAUCAGUUUUCAUAGUCAAGGAUAAUAUGUAUUUAACUUGUACUGGGGGAAUAGAUCUUUUAAUACCAGAAUGAGCACAAUUCACUCGAGGAGGCGGAGAAAAAGGCAAAAAAAACCCGUAUAAAGCAGACCCAAGAAUUCCGUUAAAAAUCUUAACUUUUCCCACCGAAAUGAAGCCUUGUAAAUGCCCACCAAAAGACAAAAAAGGGGGAAGAAAAGCGAAAGAAGAGAGGAGGAGGGAAAGUGAAAAUCUCCAAAUUCUGAUUUCUACUUAUGCCCGAAGCUGAUAUAUCUGGAAAUGAUGACCUCGUAAUACACGGCCUGUAAACGGCCCAGUGUGGCUACCAGGUUUUAGCUUUUAAUAGCUAGCGCAGCCAGACAGUAACCAGAAAUAAAUUGACUUUUAAACUGCAAAGGAGCGCAAACGAGUAUGCCACAAAACGUAGGAUCUAUAAAAGACCUGACCAGCAAAAAUAUACACUGAGUAGACACACUGAAUUCUGCAAAGCUGAUCGUACUACGUGAAAAUGAACUUUGCAAGACAUCAACACAACACCGAAAGAACCCAAAACAUAGCGGGUCGUAGCCGUAGUCAGCUGUUUCGGCAUUUUUGUGGCUCGUCAGUACGGCGCAACGAACAGAGAGGCUCUACUGUAAAAUUCCCGCACAGCCUGUUUUAGAGCCCUGCAAGAGCCAUAAUGGUCCUAUUAUGAUCUCUUGAACCCUGACAUUGAACUCAAACACUCACAGAAUCACGGCAUAUCACGUGUCCUCGAGAGGGCAAGAGUCCAAGUGUCACGUUGAUGUCUCACAAAGAGAAUAUAAGAAAGACAAAACCAACCUUAGGAACAUGCAAAAAUUAACAGCAUAUCGGAUCUAUAAAAAAGAAAUAGGUCCCAAGAAACACGGCUUGACUAGCUUCAAAACGCGUUUUUCGGCAAACUUUCAGUUGCGAAUAUGUUAACAUGCAUACACUGCGAAAGGAGAUAGCAUUUCCUCCUCCUGCUCUCUAAGCUACCACUGCUUUUUUGUCUCGACGUCUUUCCAGCCGGCCAUACGGACAUAUGGCUGUAGUAGUACGCGCGCUAUAAUUGGCUGGGCAUUGCUAGCUGGGUGUCCAAGGUAUAUGCAAUCUGUGCUGACAUCCAGUGGACAUCUAUGUUAUGAUCAGCUGUCAAAAAGGGCAUCUACUGACCAGUGUCACAUGACUGUAUCGCGGGCUCAAGUGUACAACUCACUGAGGAGAAUUUUUUUUAAAAGUUAUCCACUGACCGGUUAUUGGUUUUAAUUGAUCGCAGGCUCAAAAUUUCUUGUUAAAAAAAAACUGUUUCUUUGUGCUUUCGAUCGCAUCGCCAUGUUUGUUUCGGUUCAGUGAACAUUGUCUCGAACAACCUCUUGCGCGCGGAUGCGGUGUUUUCCAUUUUAAUAAUAGCGCUAUAAAGGCCAUAAAAUAAAUAACUUCCGUUCGGUCAUUACAGGGGAAUAUAAUAUUCAGUUACCCAAGCUAAGCCAUGAGCAGCACGCAUUGUACCGCCCAGAAAGAGAACUGGUUUUCUACCUUUUUGGGCCUGUAAUAUCCGCUAAGCCAUCUCUCUCCCCCACCCCCCCCCCCCCCCCCCCCCCACACCCCCUGUUCCCCCCCGCCCCCCACGUACUGCUCCCUCCACAAAAUUUUUUUUUCCACCCCAUCAUCUGCCCCCCACACAAAUAACCCCACCUCUCUGUGCGGCGGGUGUGGUUGUUUUCCUUUUUAAAAUAACGCUAAAAAAGGCUAAAAAAAAAAAAAUCUCCCGGUGGUAAUAAAGGGGGAAAAAAAUUUUUGCUUUCCCAACACGACCACUGAGCCGCACCCCUUUUCCCCCCCAAAAAAGAACCUGUUUUUUCCCCUUUUUGGGCCGUUAAAUACCCCCAGCCCCCCCCCCCCCCCCCCCCCCCCCCCCCCCGCCACAAGCUCUGUUCUAGCCACUGCUGCAUGAUGUCGUUCUUCCAAUAACUAUUUUUUCAACCUACGUACGGCUUCGCCCCAAGGAUUAAAACUCCACACUGAUGGGAGGCGCGUAUUCUCACCAGUAUGUAGCCCUUACUCCCCAGGAGAGACUGGAAAAUGGAAAUGAACUAUUUUUAAAAUUGCUUCUUUAUUUUAGGAAAUCUUAACGAUGGGGCCAAAAAUGGAAAAGGUAUGUAUCACCGUUCCACAAGUAUAAGAGUUACUAAGCCAAAUCUGUUAGCUCUUUUCCACCAAAAGAUUUGAAACUGCUAUUUGUCCUAGGUACCUAGCUUCACCUUUGCACCAAUUGAUUUUUUGUUUUUCUUGCAGUCAACAAUUAUUUCUCCUUCAUAGAAAUUAACAGCCUAAUUGAGAACUUACUUAGCCUAAACUAUCAAUAGCUACCCCAAAAUACAAGAACUUUCUUUUUCCAGACUUACGGGUUCUUAUUCGUGGGUUUUUACUGUAUUAUUUGUUUUUAAGAUUCAUUCCAGUCUGAUGAAAUUGAACUGAAGGUUCCCGAUCUUAAGAAAGCCAUUCCAAACUCACUAGAAGCCAAGCUCUACGUGUCAGGUGAGAAGCUAUUUUGCAUGUAAAAAAAUCGAUCAGAUAUCUGCAAGUUCUGUAGGGCAGAAGAUCAUACAAGUAACGUGGUGCAGGUUGUGCAGAAAGGGCAUAGCAAGUGACUUACAUCUUAUCCAGGUGCGGUGCGUUAGCACAGAAAUGACUCAGUAUUAAAGGUACUGUACGCUACAUGAUUCGGGGCUCAAAGACGAGGUACCACCUUGGUACUAUCUGGUCUUCGGAUGUCAGGCAUACCGGAAUGUGACAGUCUUUGCAGAACAUUAAGAAGUGAGAUCCGGCAGAAUUGAUGCUCCAAUCGUCAAAAGCAAGAGCAAUUAAUUAAUCACACUUGAAAUGAGCUCUCCAUGGGUUAACAACAGAAAGACCAUGCGAGGAGAAGACCCCUGUGUUUGGUCAAUUAAAUUGAACAGCACAACGUUAUCAUAGAUACGCUUGGUGGAAGGGGGGAGGGAUGAACACUGCGAUGCACGAAAUCGUAGGGACCAGAAGUAGGGAGGUGCUUGGGAGGAUGCAGAAGACGGUGCUGUAAGGAACACAAAAAAAUUUCAAGCUAGAUUACAGGCACUCGCGUAAUGAUUCGAAUAUAUAACAAGCACAUUUAAAAUCUAACAGAAAAUAACAAAAUAAAAAUUCCCGGCUGGCAGGAGGCAACCAGUCGGCUAUUUAGGAGCCUUUACGAGGAUGUGAACUCGGGACUAAGAAACGAAUCCAACUAGCGGUCAGAGCGUGACGAGAAUAGGGGCUUUUAGAUCCAACAACGCGGACAGCAACGAGAACUUCGAAAAAACAAUAUCAAAACAACAACUUCGCACAUGCAUCACACAUCUUUCCGGUUCUGCACGACUAUUAGCUACGACGUGAAAAUGCCUAAUUUCGCGUUUUAUGGAGGAUGUAAACAAGCAACGACGAAAUUUUAUUUCUGUUUCUGAGCUUGGCCAUAGUCACUUGAAAUUCAGCUUCAGCAGGGUUCGCCUACCAUGACAAAGUGGGUGGGUAGGAAUAAUCGCUAGAAAGACUGAAAAAACGCAAAUUCACUUUUUACGCGACGUUCUUAUUGCCUUCACGUCGUUAAUUUGAUCUUAAAGUCCCCAAUAACCUGUGACCGCCGGAUUGAGAGUGCUACUUGUUGACCACUAGGCCACACUGUCUUAAGUGCCAACCGACUUUUGCGAGGGUUGCGAGAUACGUAUAUCUAAUAUAAUGAUAACAUUGGCAAUGACAAUAACAAAAACAACUAGCCAUGUUCCCAGAAAUGCUAAAACGUAUUCCUUUGCAGGAAAUCUUGUUGGUCCUGUUGUCAACACUACCAUUGAGGGUGGACUUGAGAGGUUUAUCCGUCAACCAACUGGGUGCGGGGAACAGAAUAUGAUUUAUCUCGCCCCAAAUGUCUACGUCUUAGAAUAUCUCAUGAACACCAAGCAGGUGACUGGAGCAAACGAAGAAAAUGCCUACCGCUUCAUUCAAUCAGGUAAACUCUUAAACUUCAUUUAAAUAAAUAUUAUCAGAAGCAUAUAAUAUGCUAUAAAUUGCAGAUUUUAGCAUCAUUCAGAAUGUUUUCACCGAUAUCACUCAGGAAUACCUUAUGAAUGAAGAUGAUUAAAAUUUAGAAAUAAAGAAUACAGACGAAUAAAAAAAGAAAAAAAGAAAAGAAAAGAGAAAGAACACAUUCGAUGACAACGUUUUCAUCACAGUUCCAAUCACAAUUAGCUUCUUCCUAGCUGUCUGUUUGUUAGAAUGGUGUCUUUAAGGUGUAAAUAAAACUAUAGCCAUGGCUAGGUUGGUCUCUUCCCCGACUACUUCACAUAGCCUCGAUCUAGUGCCUAUUUUUAGACUACACGCUCUUAAACCGAAUUCAUCCUUAACAGGCUACGACAGGGAACUGAAUUAUCGUAGGGAUGACAAGUCGUUUAGUGCUUUUGGAAAUGACCGCCCUGGAAGUACAUGGUAUGUGAACGCUCAUUAUUCGUAUUUAAAUGUUUUAGAGCUCCAGAGUUCGGACUUCCUUUAAAAUUUUGGUCUAAGAAAGUCCUGUUUUUCACAUGUCUUGAAAACGUUAGUUCAGAGGGCUGUGAGGCCUUUUUGAUCUUAGGGGAUUUUUUAUGGCUUUAUACAGUGAAAUGCAUGUCUAGGGCCGAUGUCUGUCAAGUGAGCUGAACCAGAGCCGAGUUUGCUAGCUCGAUGCUGUCACAACUUGAAUAGUCCAAAAUAUUAUUAUUAUUAUUAUUAUUAUUAUUAUUAUUAUUAUUAUUAUUAUUACUCAAAAUGUGAAAUUCUUUUCGUAUCUGAAGGUUGACAGCAUUUGUAAUGAGGGUAUUUUGCAAGAUUCAAGAAUUUGCUGGGAUAGAUAUUGAUGAAAAGCUUCUGUGUGACUCGGUGAACUGGCUUAUUCAGAACCAGCGAGAUGAUGGCGCCCUGCCCGAGAUCAACAUGGUGAUUCAUAGAGAGAUGGUGGUAAGAUAUGUGCGACCCUAUUUUAGGAACCCAGUAAUAGUCAAUCCGGUCGUGAAAAUGCGACCCCAUCCAGCGGCACAUACCCAUAAGCCUACUAGAGGAAGUACCCCCCCGCCCCCUCCACCCCCGGGCUCAUAUAACAAAUCUCCAAGAACCGAUUAUCUGUGGACGUGAUAAAUCUUAUCGGAAGAAAGUAAACGGCGAACCAGAUGUUUUUCAUAGUACGCCUAUGUAAUUUGAGGCAAGACACCCAAGGAGCCAUAGGAAACGCAAGAAUAGACCUUAUUCACGAUACCCACCAUCUUUGCACGUGCUUUAGGAUUGAUGGGAUAAAAGCAAUGUCACGUGGUAUUUCAGGAGGCAAACAAAAGAUAAAAUUUGCAAAUUUGAGAAAUCGCGGUCGACUUUGUUCAUUCUCUCAAAACGAAACGACGAUUUUUAUAUUAAAAUAGUCAUACAAAAUUUACGAUUAUUUUUUGAGUUUCGACAAAAUUGACGUCAUUAUCGCUUGCUCUGAGGACAUCUACGGUUGCUUCUAUAUCCAAAAAAGGAAAAAAUGUUCACUUCCACCCGCCCAUAACUUGCUAUCAUCGUCUUUAAUAUAAAAAGUUGUUCAUUUUCUAUUGUCAAGAAUAAACAAACUCAACCGCGAUUUCUUGUAUUGGAAAAAUUUAUCACUUGUUUGCCCCCUGAGAAGCCACGUGUGACAUCGCUUUUACCUCAUCAGUCCUUAAGCACGUGCAAAGAUGUCGGGCAUCGUCAAUUAGGUCUAUUUAUAGUGUGCUUCUCGCCUCGGGGCUUGCAGAAAUGAGGCAAAAAGGCGCGUCCUUCGUAAGACAGGUCUCAUGAUGGCUCGACCCGAUUUUUCAUUAACAACAACUACCCUUUAAUAACUACUAACUCUUUGAGGGCACGAAGUGCAAAGAUGCAUCAACAAAGCAGUAAAUCGCAUUGUACCUUUUUGUCUGGUUUCUUUGAUGUUUUGUGUGGUAGAGGUAAAAUCUACUUUUAUCCAUAACAACACAGUGACACCAUUAUUAAGAUUCCUACCUUAAGAAGUAUUGUAUUAUGUUCGUAAAAUCUUAAGCAGGCAACGAUCGACAAUUCAUUAGCAAUUAAUGAAGGAGGCUGAGUAAGAUAUGCAGAAUUAAGCAGAUUGAGGAGGGUGUUAUCCACAGAGGCCGAAGGCCUCAACCUUCCCAGGUCUUCUCGGUUAACGGUGCAUUAACCUGUAGAAGGCUGCAUUUUUGACGUCAUUUCCUCGUUAAAAAUAAAAUUCUUCCAAAUUUGGUCAUCAGUAAGUGGUUAUGGUGAAUUAUGCGUGUGCUUUUAGCCAAUCAGAAUUGGGCAAAUAUUUUAAAUGAAUAAUAAUUAAUAUUAAUUUUUGGUUCAUUUAAGGGUGGAAUCUAUACGGAAGGAGAUGUUGCUAUGACAGCAUUUGUUGUAUCCACCCUGGCAGAAUGCAAAUGCAAAGGAGUGGUACGUGAUAGACACCAUUAGCAAAAAUGGGUGUGACAGAAUGUCAUUUGUAUUGUAAAGCUCUUCUAUUUUGUGAAUAAAUACUUAAGAUUCCAGUAUUAAAAUAAUAACCUAAUAAAAUAUAUUUAAUUUAACUCCUUCACAGAAUACCGUAGAGGCUAUACAGCGUGCCACAGACUACCUCGAGAGACAAUAUCAGACUCUAAACCGACCAUACAGCAUGGCACUGACAGCUUAUGCCCUGAGCUUAGUGAAUAGCACAAAAAAAUUCAGAGCAAACGAUAGACUCGUGCAGAAUGCUAUCUACGAUAGUGGUAAGUCGCACAGUACACUGACAGUAUAGGAUAUUGAUAUCAAUUCAUGUUACCGUCGAGAUUGCCUAGUUGCAUACACUAUUUUUACCAGAAAAGUAAGUGCGCAUAUUACCGGGAGAGGAUUGAGAAAAAUUUAAAAAAUAUAUAUUGGAAUAAGCGUGGGUAUUGGGAAAAUGAAAAAAUGGAAAUAGGACAUUUUUGUGCCAAUGGAAUUUUUAAUCAUAGUGGAUUUAUCCAUGUUGACUUCGUAAGUGAGCUUAAGCCGGCAACCACGUGGCUUACACGAGGGCGACGACAGCGAGAACGCCGUUUCAAACCUAAUCGCUAAUAGGUCCUGAUAUUCAAUCUCUUUCAAUUUGUCAGAUAUAAUUUUGCUGGAGUUCAAUCCCUAAGCUUUAGGAAAAAAGAGAGAGGGGGAGAAAAAAAAUCGUCGUCUUGUCCCUAAUACGUUCACCAUGAAGCUUAAUUAAUACAAAAUUAGAAAGUUUCACGUCGUUACAGUGAUGGCAAGGUGUGAUGUAUGCAUCUAUGUUGUUUGGUUCAGGUAACUUAUUGCUUUUUACCAUCGUCGUCGCUUUCGUAGGAUAAAAAGACAAAAAUUAAUUCUUGAUUGUGCUUCUCACUUCAGCUAAAAAAUCACGCCACUGGAACGCUGGUGGAAACGCACUCAAUGUGGAGACCGCUGGCUAUGCACUGCUGACUCAGAUUCAACUUGGUCGCACUGGUUAUGCUGGUCCUAUUGUAACUUAUCUAACCAAUCAGAGGAAGGGUGGUAUCGGAUUUGUUUCGACGCAGGUAUUUUUAAAUCAGUCAAAACAGAGGAUUGUCGCAGUACUCGUUACUUCUCUCUAAUGCCCCAUUCCACGCUUAACAUGUUUAAUUAAACAAAAAACAGUAAGUGAAAAGUAGAACACAGCCUUUAAAUGAGAAUUCAAAUGAACUUUAAUACGUUACGCACCGUCAAACCCCGUUAAUACGGACAUGAGGGGGCCAUAGAAAGUGUCCGCAUUAAGCGGGUUGAAUUUAGAGAAAAUGCAAGGGCUUUCCCCAGGGACGAAUAAAACUGUCGGUAAUCAUGAGGGACGUGACUGUAUUAAGUGGAUGUCCGUGACGCGGGGUUUGAAUGUAAUUGCAAAACUGAACAGUGUGUAAUCGAAAAAAGUACAAUGGGUAGCUACCUCCAAAACCCAUAAGUUGUUGAAUACAGUAUGGUGUUCAUAAGAAGGCCCACGCUUUUCAAAGAUCCCCAACGUUUACUUUUAGCCUUACUUUUAAUAUACGCGAAUUUCCCUGCAGGUCGUAUGGAACUCCACUGGCCUCUAGAAAACAAAAAAAAUGCUUUUCUCGCCUCCUCAUGGGACGCAGUCGUUUUCAAAUGAUAGACCGUAUUAGAUGCAUAAUUCAUUCUUAUUACAGGACACAGUUGUCGCCCUACAGGCGCUUGCCUUGUACAGCGAACGCACUGCUGGAAAAUCCCUUGACUUAAGGGUCAAACUGGAGUCUGAAGACGGAAAAUGGAAACCAGCCGAAAUACAUAUCACCCCUGAAAACGCCCUUCUACGGAGGCAAUAUGAUGUAAGUUACCGGCAUCGUACAAACGACUUGUCGACGGACUUAAGUAAAACUGACAACGAAUGAAUGGACAACAGAUAAUAUACCAUUUUACAGUUGUGGGCUUAGUACGUACAGUCUUCGGGUUAAUGCGAGGCUGAGUUUGACCUUGUUUUGAUGCAGACCUCAUUUGUUUUCUUAUGGAAAUUAUGCUUGACAAGUUUUCGUUUAGCAUAAGAACAACAUGAUAUACAUAAGAAAGCAGGAAACGUAUCAAAACAAGGUCAACUUCAGCCUCGUUUCCAUCUAUAACUGUAAAAUGGCCUACACGCCACUUCCACAUUUCCCAUAAUGCACCUUAUUUCCCCGCCAAAUUUUGCAUAACCUUUGUUUUUCAUUUCUCCUGGGUAUUACAGCCGUCCCAAAAGAAAUUGAAAACAAUGCUUAUGCAAAAUUUUGGGGAGCAAAUAAAGUGCAUUAUGAGAAAUGUGGAAGUGGCGUAUUAUCAAUAAACGACCGUAUGACACCAGCUCAUGCCAAUGACAUUUGGAGACUUCAUAGCCAAAAACAGCACGGCUUAACUGACAGACGACCUAUAACAUCGCGACUUAAUUGACCUAUCAGGUCAAUAAUCAGAGUUAAAAUACCAUCAACUGACGUGAUACAGCUCACUUUGACGCUGUAGAUGGCUACCGCACAGGUUGUCAAAACGUCAGCCACUGUCAACAAUACUGGUCCUUAAUUCAGGACACCCAGACGAACAUUACAAUCCGACCAUCUUAUGAAAUGACUCCUGGGUUCAAACCAUUCACAUGCAUGAUCAAUAUAAGAGAAUAUAGUUUUGAUCCCUUUAGAUAAAGAAAUCUUUGUGGCAACCUUCUUCCCUACUUUCCGCUCCUUAAGGGGUUUUGCUUUCUUGAGCAAAUAAGGGCUUGUGUUAUUUGAACCUCUCUGGAAUUACCAAAUUUAAAUAUGAAAGAAAAACGAAUAGGAUUCUGCUCGAAGUUAGAAAAAUGAUGCUAUCGUGCAAAUGGCCCGUUGCACAUCAAGGUGACUUAUUCACAGAGCUUCCGUUUCGUGUAUCCACCAAAUAAUUCAAAAAGAGUCUUCGUCAAAUGUUGCGAGGUUAAUAUUGCGUUCCUGGUGACCUCGCAAGCCAACUAUUUACCUGGCGGCUGUUAAAAUUGGUGGCGAUACUAGGGGGAGAUGCCAAUAGAUUUGCGAAUUAUCAUAAUCGAACUGGGCAAAAGUAAAAAAAAAAGAAAGAAAUAACUUACACUUUUUAACCGUCAGCGAACCCUUAGGAAAAUUAGGUAAUACAUGUCUCACUUAGGUGAUGUAUAAAAGUAUAACUUGUAACUGAAACUGUAACCGUAGUGUAACCUAUAGUAUUAGAUCUAUUUGCCACGAGGCGUGAAGACUGAUAGGUGAAUAUGGGGCAUAAUUUACUAACAGUUGCUAAAUCUGUUUUUACAGGUUACGCGUUUCCUUGAUGGAAAACUGUUUGUAGAUACACGAGGAACCGGAGUAGGACUCCUGGAGGUAAUUAAACAAUAUGAAUCUUCUAGUCUGGCUCUCGUUGUACACCCGUUGCAAUUAAAAUGCGUAAAUUUUGAAAAAUAAACCGUUUAAAAGUAUUCCGUUCUGUAAUAGUCUAGGAUGUAAACUAGUUCAAACCAGAUCAGCUCCCCUUCGGCAACUACCGUAAGUUUCAGCAAAAUCAUGGAUUACAACAAAAUAUUAGGCGCCCUCCUCGCGAAAUUUAAACACACGAAAUUUAAUUCCCAUAUAGAAAAUUCAAAUUACAUGCAGAAAAAAAAAAUUAACAUGCAAUAACCACAAUAUACAGGAUAAGUAUGUAAUGGCCAAUACACAUAUUAACUGGUUUUGCUGGUAAGUUACAUUUUGUAUCUUCUGUUGCGAAAUAACGCACAUUAGUUUGCAAAGAUUUCCAGUUUUCGAUUUUUCAGUUUCACCCUCUGGCCUUAAAAGUGAGCUUUGUAAUUAAUAUGCGUUUUGCUUGUUCCAGUUUAUCAAGAGGUAAAAAGUUCAGACUUUUUGGCCCCUAAAUGAAAUGAAUCGCGAAAUUAAAUGCCCUUUUUUUCAUAUUUGCGUAUUGAAAUCGCGAAAAUUAAACCACGCGAAAUAUUGUCCCGCCAAAAUCGCAAAAAAAAAGUGCUCGCGAAAUUGAGUACCAAUAAGGUACCUAGGUAGGUCCAUAUUCACAGUGACAUCUGUUUAAAUCAAGGUGGAUUUCCGCUACAAUCUUCCUGCUUCACGCAACGAAACCUGUAAUUUUGAUCUGAGGAAAACAGUCACUGAAAUCAAGGAAAAGGAUGGUGUCAAGAAAAGGGGUGGACAAUCAAGUGAUGAACCACGAAAAAAGAAAGCAGGAAAGAGAAAGAAGGCAAGGGGUGGAAAGAACAAGGGGUGCAAAGGAAUGAAAAGAAAAAAGUGCAACGAUAAACCAGUGGAGCAUGAGCCAGUUACAAGCAUGAAUUUGAGAGUUUGCACUCGGUAAGACUGGGAGCACCAUAACAAGUUUACUAGUUUACACAAGCAAGCUUUUCUUGACAAGUUUUUCCUUGCGGACAAUUUUUGCUCGUUGUAAUUGCGCCUUUUGGUAGGACACAAGGCUUGCAUUCAGUCAUCUUCUUAGUGGGACAAAACGGCGAAUAAAGGGGAUGAACAGCGCUAUAAGACAGCUAAGCCUGAAGCGAGCCAUGUGCCCCUCCAAGGAGGCUGGUCCCAGGCACGCCACAUACGCAAGGCACGUGAAUUAAAUGGCUUGGACAAAGUCAAAAUUGACGCAUGGAAUUUAAGACUCCCAUAUUUGUAAGCGUUAUUAGAUAUAUAGCUUGUCACUUCCUCUGUGUUUUAGUCAGAACAGAACGUACAGUAUAGUUAGUAUAAUAGCUAUCUAACCGGCGAGGAAGGCGCCGAAAGGGAUGGAGAGGAAGGAGAAAAGUUUUCCUGCAAGGCAGGGCCGAGUUGUUCAAAGCUGGGUUAAGAUAACCCAGGGUUAGUGGGAAAUUUGCAUUCAGAUUUGAAAGCUUAAAAAGGAUUUCAGACGGUUUUAAUUCUUUUUGUCUACAAGUUGAUGGUUGGAAGCUCUAAAAAUAACAGAGAAAAUUAUCCGAGAAAAUGCUUUUGAACACAAGAAAAAGAAACUCGGGUUAAAUUUAACCCUGGGUUAAGCGCGAAUCGGCCUUCGAACAACUGGGCCCAGGCCAAUUGGUACCGAAAAAUUAAUUAGUGCUGGUUCCGUUGAAGAAAUAUAUUGAACCAACACAGUCAAAUUGUUCUUUUCUUAGGUAUCGCAAGAAAAACUACACGGGAAUGUCGAUAAUGGAUAUUGGCAUUUUAAGUGGGUUCAGACCAACGGAGGAUUCGUUGCGAAAUGUAAGUGGUUUGUUUGGUUGGUAUGCUAUUUUCCCUUGCUAAAAACCGGAUUCACGACAGCAAUUGUUAUUAUUACUGUUCUUCCUUUUUCGUCUAAUAUAAUCCAAAACAAUCUCAUCGAAAGAUCAGACUGAAUACGAGGGUCUUUGAUCGCUAAUUGUUCUGGGUUGUUUUGCGUCUCUUUAACUUGACAAGAAAAGGAUGGCAAAGAACAAGAAACAGGCGUACACGGUGUGAUGUCACUUCAAGUGAGACAAGUUCUUGACUCGGCUUUUGUGCGGCGACCUCGAGCUCUCAGCAGAGCGCGGUGCUCACUGUCGUCACCAUUUCGUCUCACCAGGAGCUUUCGAAACCAGGACUAAAAUGUCACUAAGAAUGGAUUCGUGUUCUUUCAAACUUGAGCCCAUAUAUUUAGCCUCUCUUAAUUUCUCAAAUGUACAUGAAUUUUCCUGAAUUUGAGUUCUUCAGCGCUGCGGUAGCUGUCUUAAAAAAAAGAAAGGGCACUUGGAAAUGUUGUUGUUGUUGUUUUGUCUAACGUUGCUCUUGAUUGUUAUUUUUUUAGUUGAAAGACAAUUUAACUGAAUUCGAUAAAGUCGAGGUGUCUGAUGCUUCAAUGGUUGUCUACCUUAGUGAGGUAAGAUAUAAGAUAUCCCUGUUGAGUAUUCAAUUCUUUAAUGCUGUCGAACACGAGUCACGGCCUUUGUCCCUCAUUAGGCGUCGUUUAUUUGGAGAAAGGUUGUCCUGCGUAGAUGGGUCACCCGCUUACACCCAAGCUACCCUGGGCAAGCCAUCUAUUCAUACAUUUCCUUAAAACGUUGGAACUUCUAGAAGGGUGAUUAAGGCCUAGGCCAAACGUCAAACUUAGUGAAUUAAGUUCAGGAAAAGUUCAACGUCUGGCUCAGUCAAGGUCGUAUGAAUGAGUUUGGAUCAUUCUAUCCCUAUGCUUCAGAUGGAUACAACGUCUGAAGAUCGUCUCCGUGACAAUCGUCAAUCUUUACAGGCGACGAACUAGCCUCAUAAAUUAAAAAAAAUUGUGUGGUAAUGUAUAUUUAGCCUUGUUCGGGAAGAAAAUUUAUUAAACUUGCUUUUUGGUCUGAUUCAGUUGAUUGGUUCGACGCGUCCUAAGUUCGACGUGUGACACAACAGACGAUCAUAGCUCAAUUUAGGUCCACCCAAAUUAGAGUUUGAUUCGUCUCAUGAAAAGCUCGACGUUUGGCCUAGGCUUCGCCUCGCCGGGUCCCUCACCCUUUUGUGAUGGUAGAGUCAUCCUCCUAACCAAGCCAACUUUUCUCUAUAUAUACAUUUGGCUCGGCCAGCCAGGUUGUUUGGUCAAGGCGAGACAAUUAGAGAAUGCGCCAGCGCUGUUGACUCUGGUAAAGGGGUCAACACUUUUCUUAUUUAAACGCUCGCUUAAGUUGAGUCCGCUGGAAGGGCGACCCUACUGCCCGGGACAGGUUUUCUUGACUCCAUAUAAACGGGGCCUUUGGAACCUUAAGAUCAGACAACAUGCGGCGACGGCAACGAGAACGUCAUGCACCUGCAUCACGCAAAGGCCGUACUAAAGAGGGCGUUGGAUUAAAUGCUUCUGUUUUCAAAAUGAAGCAAAUGCAUAAUACAAGUGAAAUAAUCGUUCUUAAUUAAAUUAUCUCAGAUUCCGAAUGAUCGUGAACUUUGCGUGGAUGUGCAGUUUGACCGGGAAUAUCACGUGGGUGUGGUGCAGGCGGUUCCUAUAAAUGUCUACGACUACUACGAACCAGGUCAGAUAAUUUGAAUAAAAAGCUUCAUUAAUAAAAGUAUACUGCUGAAACGUUAUCAUUUGUCUCUCUAUGAAAUGCAUUGUGAAUUAUCAGUGCUUUCGUCGAGUGGUUAACUGCAGAUCACGAACCGUCAACACCGAUAUGUACUACUAACUUGGAACAAACGUCGAUCAGUAGUAGUUACCAGCACUUCAGUUACAAACAACUCAUUGACCAAUUCAACUAUAAUGAACAAAGAACAACAAAUUUGACUAAUAAUACAGCGACCGACCUGCUUUUUCUCUGGGUUGGGGGCAAUUGUAAAUUACCCUAGUAAGUGGGGUGUGGUUUUUGUAUAAAACUGCUGGCCCCACCGUGGGGCAUUUACAGCUUUCCGAAUCGAGAUAAAGUGACAAAUACCUGGGGGAAUGGGCAAUAUCUGAUUGGAACUGAGGAGGGUCGAAACGCGCUACUCGUCUUGACAGCCUUUUACACAGCUAAUAUUUUUACGGGUCAAGCGGUAGAUGAUCAAUAAGGUUCCGACUUAACUGACCAGUCAGGUCCUUAUAACCAUAGGUUAACACAAGAGCCAUAGUCCUAUUAUGGCUCUUGGUUAACACCAUCAACACGGACGAUAUACUACCGUCCAUUUGGCUCAGAUGCCUAGGCCAAACGUAGAACUUUACCUGAGACGAACCAAACUUAGUGAGUUAAGUUCAUGACAAGAUCGACGUCUGGCUCUGUUAAGUUCGUCUGACUGAAUUUGGAUCGUCCAACACGUUCUAUCGGUCUGCUUCAGACGGACAGAACGUCUGAAGAUCGUCUCCGGGCGAACGUCGAUCUUCAAAAGCGACGAUCUAAACUCAGUAAUAAAUUAAAAAUUUUUAUGAUAAUGUAUAUUUAGCCUCGUUAGGGAGAAAUAUUAAAAUUGUUUUUUGGUCUGAGUUCGACGUCUGACCCAACAGACGAUCUUAACUUAAUUCAGGUCAGUCGAACCAAAUUAGAGUGUUGCCUUGUCUCGUGAAAAGUUCGACGUUUGGCCGAAGCCUCAUCGUGACUACAUACCGCACAGAGACUCACAGAAGUCUACACAGAUUUUCGAAACGUCAGUCACUGACAACACUGCACCCCAGACACGCACCCAAACGACCAUCUCUAAAUCUUCUUAACCUAUUUAUGACAUACACUUAUAUCAUGAAGUUACAUACCACGAAUCAAGGUAUUUUUUUUGUAAAAAAUAUAAAUAUGUGAUUAUGAAUGCAAGUUAACGCUGCUAACCACCAAUGAAAGGAUUAUUCAGAUAAGAGUGAUGUGGAAAGUAAAAUUACCUGAGGCAAAUAUACAUCAUGCUUCUGAGAAGGAGGGUAAAGGAUGUAAUAUCUUUGAACUUCAGUUCUGGCAAAUCAACCUAGUCUUCAAAAUUUGUAUAAAAAAAAUAUCAGAGAUUUUGCCGAACAACUUUGAGUGCUGAAUGUCCUUACUACGUUUGCUUUAAUUCUACUUACUUUUUUUCAGACGAGUCAUGUACCGUGUUCUACGGACCGGACAAGUUCAGCCCACUGAAGAUGGGAGUCUGCGAUGUUGGCUCAAAGUCCUGUAAAUGUACCCAAGGUAUACCAUGGUAUACCAUAAAAUGCCACUUAUGAGCCCCCCCCCCCCCCCCCCCCAACAAAGCCCACCCCCCCCCAAAAAACACCAAACAAAACCCCCAUUCCUUUCAAUUAAAAUCAUAUAUUUUUUUUUAAUACUUUAUCUACUAUAAUAUUUCUACAAUAAAAAAAAAGAAAAAAAAAUAUUUAAUCAUCCCCAAACAGAUUGCUAAUCAGUUUUCUUUUUUUGAGCCCCCCCCCCCCACCCAGUUAGAGACCCCUCAACCUCUAAACAACCCAAAUAUAAGCCCUCUUCAAAUUUACUUAAAUGAUUUCGAUUUAUUAUGAGACCUUGAAGCUUAAUGAAUUGAAGACCAGUAAAUGCAAAAAGUAUUUUGAUUAGCACUACCAAAGCUUGUGUCAAAGCGCUUUUUCUAUUCCGAUAAUAAGUCCAUCCGUUUAUAAGCCCUCCUAAAUCCUCUUGCGAAAUUAUAUAAGCUCGGGGAUUAAAAGUGGCAGUUUACGGUAUUAAGUUCGAGUCAAGGUUACCACAUUUCUAGGCUCGUGCCAAAAACAACUACAACAACAACAACAUCAUCAAGCAAAAAAAUUAAAUUAUUGUUUGCGUAUGUGUAAGCUGGAAGGCUGGGGAAAAUUAUUUUAAUAUUAUUCCAAACACAUUAAAGUUUAUUUGCACGCAAAUUUAUUUAUAUUCUUAUUUCAGACCAAUGCGCACAACACGAUCCUGCGAUCAGAAGCUCCGCCCAGCUAACAUCCUUAGCUUGUCUAAACUACCAUUACGGUGAGAUCUUAUAACAAUGUAUUUUUUAGUCGGACAGAACAAUUACAGUUAAUAUAUAAAUUUAGCCAAGGCUUAAGGCGAAGCUCCCGUUAAUAAAAAGACAUCCACUUAAAGUUGAGCCUGCGAUCAAUCGAUAACUAGUAACUUGCCAGCGGAGAACUUCAAGGACACGUAACCUCGAUGCGUUGACACUUGAGCCCGCAAUACGGUCAUUUGAUAAUGGUCAGCGGAUACUCAGUUUUGACAGCUGUCAGGUGACCACAACAUGGAUAUGCAAUACAAGGCUACAGGUUCCCACACCAGCUAUAACAUUUGACAUUUAACGUUGGUUUCUCUGUGGUGCAGACGGACUGGCGGUCGGGCGGACAUAGGGUCACGUGAUAACCCAGAUUUCUCAGAUGGAUAGAUUACCACAGUUUCUUAGGUAUGGGGCUCCGCUCGCGCGCACGUGGAGCUCCAAUGUUACUCUGUUUGCUUCAUGCUCAAUGUCUUACGCCGGUGCGAUAUUCGCUCUGACGAAAGUUUCUUGUACACAGUGACGACAAAAUUUUGCCUCUUUUGACGAAAAAUCCACGAAAUACUUCAAUAGUAAUAAAGGGUUUUCGAAAAAAGAUUUAGAAAGACGACGAAGUACUUUGGGGCAAAGCAUAAAUAUGUCGUGCAUUAUUGUAAUAAUUUGACAUUAUUGUUUUUAUUUUGCGGCUAACUUGUUUUUUUAAUUUUCUGUUACUUGGCAGCUUUUAAAGGAAAGGUUUUGCAUAUCAGCGAAGAAAAUAGCGAUCUACUGUACUAUGUGAGAGUAAAGAACAUUAUUAAGCAAGGCAACCGAAAGCUGAAGGAAAAAGGGAGGGUCACGUUUUAUAAGAGAGGAAGCUGUGCCAGCCCGGAUCUUGAGGAAUCAAGCCAGUAUUUGUUUAUGGGGAAAGAUGAAAAGGCAGGCAGAUACGAGCUGGACAAGACAUCGUUUGUUAAACUGUGGCGCCCUGGUAGUAACAAGGACAGACGCCCUGCUAGUAACAAGGACAAACGCGUCUUAGAUGAGUUUGCAAAAAACUUUAAUUGCUCAUAA